AUGUCUAAGUAAAACUUGAAGGCCACCUCAUCAACUCUUGCUGAAUCGGCAUACAUGACGGAAAUGCAAUUAAGCUAAUAUAACUUUAGUUUGAAAGUUGCCAACAAACUGUUAUAAGUAUAAAUUGAAAUUACUCCUGAUUCUUUAAUGAUUCAGGCCAUCGAAACUGCUAUUGAUUAUUUCACUCAAAUAUAUUAUGAUUAAGAUAUAAAUGAAAAUGCUGAGACUUACGAAGUAUUCUCUGCAGAUCAAAAAGGAAAUCCUUUAAAAACAAAGUUUACUACAGAAUAAUUACUCUAAGAAAUAGAAUGUAAGUCCUUCGCAUUGGUUACCAAAAAGAAGGGAACUAUAUUAUCCAUUUUAAAGCAGCCUAUUUUGAAGGAACCCACAAUAAAAUGCAGUAAAGAAAUACCUAAGUUCAGAUAUGACACUACCAUUAAUAAAUGA